UGUGGGCUAUGGAGUGAUUUGUCAAAAUGAUUAAAAUUCAGUUUUCAAGAAAAAUAAACAACUCAAAUAUUUGGUCAACAGGUCUCAAAGGGAAAAAAACAUUCAGCAGUUUGAUCUCCUGAUCAGAUGAUUUUGUUGGUUCUAAAUACAGUUGGCCUGCUGUGUGCAUUAUAUCUCAUUGUGACAGUGCUUAUGGAUGACUUUCUUGAAACAAUGAUGUGACUCUAUGAGUGAGAUGGAUGAUAUACUCAUAGAGUUCUACCAAAAUAAGAGAGACUAAACUUGCCUUCAUCAGAUAAAAAUAGUAAGUGGAAGAGAAACAGUAGCCCUGACUGAAAAACUUUGUUUGUCUGCAUCAGAAGGCCCAAGGACAUCAUGCUCGUUUCCAAUAUCACAUUCUUCAUGCCCUCUGUGUUGACACUAGUAGGGAUUCCAGGCCUAGAGUCUGUGCAGUGCUGGAUUGGGAUUCCAUUCUUCGCUACAUAUCUCAUUGCUAUGAUUGGAAAUUCGCUGCUUCUGACUAUCAUAAAAUCAGAACGCAGCCUCCAUGAGCCCAUGUACAUUUUCCUAGGCAUGCUAGGAGCCACCGAUAUUGCUCUUGCUACCAGCAUUGUGCCCAAGAUGCUUGGAAUCUUCUGGUUUCAUAUGCCAGAUAUCUAUUUUGAUUUCUGCUUGCUUCAGAUGUGGCUUACCCACACAUUUCAGGGCAUCGAGUCAGGUAUCCUGCUUGCAAUGGCCUUGGACCGUUAUGUUGCCAUCUGUUAUCCACUGAGGCAUGCUGCCAUCUUCACCCACCAGCUAGUCACCCAAAUAGGUACUGUGGUUACACUCAGGGCUGCCAUUCUUGUAGCACCAUGCCUGGUACUGAUAAAGUGUCGUCUUAAAUUUUAUCAUACAACAAUCAUCUCCCACUCCUACUGUGAGCAUAUGGCUGUUGUGAAACUGGCUGCAGAAAAUGUCCAGAUCAACAGGAUCUAUGGUUUGUUUGUGGCCUUCACAGUAGCAGGGUUUGACCUUAUGUUCAUCAUCUUGUCCUACAUCCAGAUAUUUACCACAGUUUUCCGUUUGCCCCAGGAGGAGGCGAGGUUGAAAGCAUUCAACACCUGCAUCGCUCACAUCUGUGUCUUCCUCCAGUUCUACCUCCUUGCCUUCUUCUCCUUCUUCACACACAGGUUUGGUUCUCAUAUCCCCCCUUACAUUCAUAUCCUUUGUUCCAAUAUUUAUUUGCUGGUCCCUCCAUUUCUCAAUCCACUUGUCUAUGGUGUAAAGACCAAACAGGUCCGCAGUCAUGUGAUAAAAAUGUUCAGUUCUUAAUAUCCAUGCUAAUCAAUACACUCAUGCUUCUUUGUGCGACAGUAAUCAUAUCUGAAAACAAAACAAACAUCUACGUUAUUUGAGAUCUUG